AUGGCAGGCGAACUAGAGGACCCACCCGAAUUGCUUCGCUCCGAAGACCCAAACCGAUGGGAGGUCUUCGUCGAUGGGUCAUGCAACUCGGAAGGAUCUGGAAUCGGAAUGGUGAUUACAACCCCGACAGGUCGACGAAUCGUCUACAACGUGAGGCUCAAAUUCACCACCACUAAUAAUAUAACCGAGUACGAGGCAGUUAUACACGCUCUCCGAGUUAUAAUUGCGCUAGGAAUCACUGACGUACGACUCACAAGUGACUCGCAACUCGUGGUCCGACAGAUAGAUGGAACGUAUCAGGCUUCGGAUCCAUGUUUGCAACGAUAUCUCCAACUCGUCAAGCAUUACAUUGAACAGAUACAAAACAUCACAUUCCUCCACUUAAACAGAAUCAACAACAGGUACGCCUAUGCCUUAGCAUUCAUAGCUUCCAUGAAGAUAUAUCCCGAGGCUAUUAACUUCAGGAUCGAGAGAGUCCUACUCCCAUCCAUUCCCAUUGAGGGAAACAUGGACAUCCUUGUUGUAGACUCAGUAGCUCAGGAGGAAAGCCUACCCGAGGAUGACUGGAGGACACCAAUCAUAAAAUACUUAGCCAAUGGGCAUCUCCCAAGCGACCAACUAAUUGCGCACAAGAUAAUAUCAAGGUCUGGGAAUUACCAACUCCGAGAUGGUGUUCUAUACAAACAAUCCUACCUAGGACCUCUCCUCAUAUGUCUCUCAUUCGCAGAGGGUCAAAGCAUAUUGAAAGAAAUACACUACGGUUACGCAGGAAAGCAUAGUGGAGGACGAUCCCUCGCUCACAAAGAGAGACUACAGGGAUAUUUUUGGCCUCGCAUGAACGAGGACUCAAAGCAAAUAGCAAAAACUUGCAUAGAAUGCCAAAAAUUUGGCAAGAGAAGACAUGCACCUUCAAUGGACUUAAAGUCUGUUCUAAGCCCUUGGCCAUUCGCCAAGUGGGGAGUUGACAUUGUUGGACCCCUGAGAGCCGACGCCAUUAUAUUCGACAAUGGGGCCCAACUCCGUGGGAAAAACAUUGAUUUUCUCUUCAAGUGUUUCAAGAUCAGAAAAAAUAAAUCUACACCCAUCUACCGUGAAAGCAAUGGCCAGGUGGAGGCAACAAACAAAACCAUCGCCGACAUGCUCAAGAAGAAACUUGACGGAUACAGAGCUAGUUGGUGUGAACAAUUGCACAAUGUCUUGUGGGCUUAUCGAACCACCAGGAGGGAAGCAACAGGGAUGUCUCCCUUCGCCCUCACAUAUGGCACAGAGGCAAUCAUACCAACAGAAGCAAUGCUCCCCAUAACAAAGACCGGGGCAUGGGAGAAAAACCUGACCUCGGACAUGAUACUCUCCAAAUUGGAUGAUCUGGAAGAAAACAGAGAAAUUUCUCUCCAAACGAUAGAAAAUUAUCACAGAAGAUUGGCUCGGGAAUACAACAAACGUGUUCAUCAGAGACAAUUCAUCCCAGGCGAUAAUGUUUGGCACGAGAUUCCACCCUACCAGCGCGAGUCAGGCAAAUUUGCACCCAUAUGGGAAGGCCCACUAACAGUCCUUGCUAAGGUAGGAAAUGGAGCAUACAGAUUGCUCAAAUCUGAUGGCGAAUAA